ACUCGAUAUUACUUAACUUCUAUUACUAAGCAAUUCCUAGGACGUGAUCUACAAACGUAGAGUAGCGUGUUAGGCCUGCGUGAGCGCAGCGUCGCAGUGCGUCAAAUGCCACGUUUUAACUGGACAGCUGGCAUAGCCACGCCUUUACGCUCUUACGGGAUAAAAGCCACCUUGCCUUUUCUCCCACAUUGACCUUUUCCCACACUUACCUUUCCCCACGUUUACCUUUUUCCCACACUUACCUUUUCCCACACUGGCAUCAUUUGCACGGGCGGUCACGGAAGGCGCCAAGCGCGAUUUCCAUUCCGCGUAGCUUAGCGACCAACCUUGCUUAAUACUAUGUGCAUAUUUUUGAAAAUCGUUUUACCAACAACCUGCCCAUCAUCUGUAGUAAUGCCUGGAGUUAGACUUUAUAACGUCCAAUUCUUCCUCCAGACCUCAUCACUACUCUUUAAAAGCCAUAUAACUCUCAAUGCAAUACGCCGCCGAGCAACCCAGCUUCCAAGGUUUCGGCCGCUCCCUCACGUCAUCGCGUCGUGCCUUUCAACCGGACCUGUACGGUCGCAAAGUACGAUGCAAUCUCACCAUUCAAUGCCUGCACCUGCACAAAACAAGAUAAAUAAGCCAGUUGUAGGCUCAAGGCUGGCUGGCGAGUCUGGUCGUCAGUAUACCAUUAAGUGCGUGCUUCAAGAGAAAGACAAUAGACCGGAGAAAGUCUAUCUUGCCUCCAGAGAUGACGGACACAAGUUUGUCUUCAAGGAGGUCCCCCCCUCGAUGUUUGAGCCAGCCUGCGAUAUGCAGAGAGAUCUCAUUGCGCACGAGCGCAGCUCUUAUCUCCGACUCAUGCGCGACAGUAUCCCCGAGCAAUCGAUCCUCAUAUACGACUAUGCCACCGACCACUUGCUCAGCCUCGCCCAGAAGGAAAUACCACUCGCUGCAAGGAAACGGAUCCUGCGGGAUGCUCUUCGUGGUCUUGCAGCAUUGCAUGACAAGAAUAUCGUUCAUGCGGAUGUCAAAGCAAACAAUAUUUUAGUUAACUAUACGAACGGUGAUGAAAACAUCGUUGUAAAGAGUGUUCAGCUUGCUGAUCUCGAAGAUGCUGCGUAUGUACCUCCUGGUAGUGACAUCGUGGGAUCUCAGGUUGGCAAUCAGCUCUGGCGCAGCCCUGAGGCUCAUGCCCAAGGUCCCGUGAAUUCACCCUCUGACAUGUUUUCUUAUGGUAUAGUUUGUAUAUACGUACUCUCCCGGACCGUCAUCUUUGCCCCCUCCGCCAAAGAGAUAGAAGAGCCUGAGAUGGAGCCUCUUUCUAUCAUUCUGGAGCGUCAAAUUUCUUACUUUGCUGAACCUGACACAUUCGAUGCGCUGUUGCGUUACCUCGGCCCCGAGAGCCCGUGGUGCGAGAUUUUCACGGUGGUCCGCAGCGGAUUUAACGAGCAGAACCGACGCAAGCCUUUUCGCCUCUGGAAGGUUGAGAAGCCGGGCUUCGAUGAGGACUUUCUGGAUCUAGUUGGGGCAAUGACAAAUUUUGAUCCUGCUAAGAGGAUUACUGCUCGUGAAGCGCUGGCGCACAGGUGGUUUGCCGAUGUUGAGGGCUAAAUGGAAUCAGGUAGCCCCUCACCAUUAGCGUUCGCCAGCUCAAAUAUCUCGUGUAGAAUACAAGUGGACUCUGAGUAGUUCUUGACAUUCGUUGUAUCGCUGUCUGGAGAAAAUGCUGUCAAAUGAUAUUGUGAUGCUCUCGUGAUAGGCUCGGCGCAACAUACUGGCGUAGAAAUAUCAUCUAUUUGUAGCUGGAACUCGUAGAGUUGACUAACCAAUCUUUGCCUCCUGGUUAGUUAACUGUCUAGCAGAGAUUAUGGCCAUAUACAUAUCGUCAAGAUCAGGCGCACCAGACCAUGACCACUUCUGAUUACAACCUGUGACCUUGGGGAUAGUGUUGCCGGGGUACUUUCUCCACUCUUUUCAAGCGCGAAAGCUUCGCGACUGGCAGUAGGCGUAUAGGGUGAUUGGAGGAUUUGAUUUGGCUCAAUUCAGCAUCAAGUCACCCAGAAGAAAACUGGUCGGGAAGGAUCCCCAUCCAAUCUACUUCACAUCCCACUCGAACACAGCUUCCACGAUGGCUUCGUCGACCUGUGACGCGACAGACAGUCAAACACAAAUCAAGCUGCAGGCUUGAAGCGUUCGCGCAGCGGCCUAAAUGCACUGGGGCCUGAAUCAUAUCCAAGAUUCUUCCUCCACCUUCGAUUUGCUUCCACGUGUGACCCCACCAUUAGCGCGGUUCGCGAGAAGAGAUACCGCAGUCCUACUCACCGUGGACUUUGCGACCGAUGGAAUCGUUCAUGGA